UGUACUUAUCGACAAUUUUCGUUAUGGGUUAUUCUGUAUCGAGCAGUUAUCGACAUCUCUCGUUAAGUCGAAUCGUUAAGUAUCGAAAAUUGUCGCUAUCGGUCGCUAUGUUAACGAUGGGUCUUGGAAGUCUCGUUAACUGCUUAGCGAUAUUUUACAUUCGUUAAUAAUAUAUUAUAUUAUUUGAAUUACAAUGUUCUGGCUAUUUCAGCAUAUUUAACAAGAAUGGCUGAUGCUUGUCUUGCCGCAGACAUACUAAACUUAGAAUAUCGUAUCCAACGCUGCGAGCGAAGAGUAAAUCGACAGGUAUUACGAGAAAUAGAACAACCAUUCGAUUUGACUGAUGUUGAAUUCAGGGAAUUGUACCGUUUAACUCCGGAAUUGUUAAAUGAUCUCAUUGAUGUACUUGCACCUCAUUUGAUGCACACAAGAAUUACUGGACUAUCUGUUGAAAAACAAGUACUGUCUGCAAUAAGAUUGUACGCGACUGGAUGCUAUCAACGUCCAGUAGGUGAACAAUGGGGUAUUUCAAUGAGUCAACCAUCGAUCAGUAGAUGUAUUCAUCGAGUUACAGACGCGAUAAAUGAAAAUAUUUUUCGUCAAUGGGUGCAGUUUUCCAUGACUCCAGAAGCCAGAUGGUUUGCAAGAGAGCAGUUUCAGAAUGCUCCUCAACCAUUUGAAGGAGCUAUCGGAGCAAUAGAUUGCACCCACGUGGCAAUUCUUGCUCCUAGGGAACACGAAGAAGCCUAUGUGAAUCACAAUGGAUACCAUUCAAUAAACGUCCAAAUGAUAUGCGACCCGACUCUCAAGAUCCUGAACGUGAAUGCAAGAUUUCCGGGAGCCAGACAUGACGCUUAUAUUUGGAGUUCUUCUGCUGCGCGUGGUGUUAUGGAACGUGCAUAUAAUCGCGGCGAAAGAAGAACGUAUCUCAUUGGUGACUCAGGAUAUCCAUUAGAACCCUGGCUGUUAACUCCUUUACCUCAUGAGCCUGAAGAAACUCCACGAUUUUUCUACAAUGAGGCAUUAUGCAGUGCAAGAAAUUGCGUGGAACGAUUGUUUGGAGUUCUUAAAAGCACGUGGAGAUGCCUUUCCAAGCACAGGGUCUUACAGUAUGAGCCUGGCUUUGCAGGAAAAAUCGUUAAUGCGUGUGCGGUUCUACACAACAUGCGAAUUGCUGGCGGUAUACUUGACGAUGAUCCGUUUGAAAAAUACGCGAAUGGAGAUGUGCCCGGCAUUCACAUCGACGACGAUGAUAAUUUGCGACCACUUACACUCGCGCGUCGAAUUCAAGAUCGCCUUAUUGUGGAAAGGUUUGGAAGAUAA